AUGGCUAAUGCACAACUCUCCUCAACGGCAUCCCUAACUAUGCUGAUGCCGUCAGGGGUUAUCCAUGAGAAAUCCAAUUCUCCUAAUAAUUCGGAACGACCAAGUGUACCAGAUGGAUAUCGAAAGAAAAAAAAUAAUAGACGUAGGAAGCCACAUCUUGAUCAGAAAAUUUCGUUGAAUACAACAUCAACCCCCAGGGGAGCUGAGAAUAUCCUAGUAGGCGAUCUUUCAGCUAUUCAAAAUCCUUCAGCGGCAGUGGUGGUGAGCACGCCAUUGAUUCCUAAAGAGUCAAUAGAAAAGAGUGGAAGAGAAAAAACUUUGAAUGAUCGAACGAACUGUCGUGAUGCUAUUCUCAGAGGAAAAAACAAGGAGACCUUGAAGCAAGAGAACGUGGAAAAAAAAGCGGGGCUCCGAGAAAGCGGUCAAAAUCGAAAGCGCGCCUCUAAUCAACAGAGAGAACCCCCGGCAAGGAAAAAGGAUAGCUCUCGUGAGCCUAUUUUGACUCCUCAGAAUACAGCCCAAAGCAACAAUCAAAAUGGCAUCUCAAGUCGAUUCACCUCCGUAUCGGCGCUAAGCACCCCUCCGAUGACGCCGAUUCCACAACGAUUACCCGAUCCAAAUGAAGAGGUGUCAGACUCUCUCUCUCUUUUACCUCUUCAGGAAGAAAAGAAUAUUAAAAACCGCCAUUCUGAGAAAGGCAAACAUCUACCAGGCUUGAUGUCAACAUCACAGACAAUAGGUAACGAUCCGGCGAUCGUAUCGUUGCGAUGCGCUGCGAUUAAGAAUAUUCAAACCGUUGAAGAGAAUCCACCCAAAAAGCCUUGUGAAGAUAUUCAAAGCAGCAAUUAUGAAGCGAAAGAAAGGACCUCUCUUAAUUUGCUGCCCCCAAAAGAGGUAGCGACCACUUCAUACAUUCAAAACUCCACUGCCUUUACAAAAAUACCAUUGAGCAACUCUUUGAGGUCGAGCAAGGGCAUCGAUCAGGCUGUGGUUUCCCUUGAGGGAGCCGCACUCUCGCCUCCGCCUUUUUUUUCUCCCGUAGAGAAAAGUAACGCGAGCGCAACACCUUCCUCUCCUGGGAUAAAUACCUCGCCAUUACCACCACUUUCCUCCUCUUCAGCAACGACGACAAUGGGAAGUUCUCGCAAGCUACGCGCAGAAGCCGCGGAAUUCCACCCCAGCGGAUUUUCCUACGAGGCUGGAAGUGGACCAAUGACCAGUCUAUCCAGCCUUUUUCGCGGCUUCAACACCACCACCACCACCAACGGUGGCAGCAAAGGGAACACCCCUCAACAGCCCUUUCAGAUGCUCUGGCAUUCCCAUCGGGCCUAUUGCCCCGCCAAGACGUCCUCCCCGUCCUUUUUCUCCCUCCCUGUGAGCGCCUGCCAGGAGGAGGAGGACGGCUCCCGAGGUGGCGCUAACGCGGCCUCGACAAGUGCCGUGACGUUUGAGGCCGACUGCGCAACCCUCAGCACCACCGCGGUGCUCACGGAAAGGCCGUCCGUGAGGGGGUCGCGCGGGGAAUUCCCCAGCGCCCCGCAAACCCAAACCCCAUACCCACCCCCGCCCUGUGGGCUAUCCCUCCAAGGCGGGGCCCCCGACAUGAGCUCCCCAGGCAAUCCCAAGUCGGGGGGGGACUUCUCCCCGAUCUCCUUCUCCUCGGGGAAUGUCAGUGGGUGUCAGCUCGCACGGUGUGUAAUCCCAAGCCCUUUUCCCCCCGAGGACGAAGCAGAAAGGGGAGAUCCGAGCAGCCCCCCGCCCGAGCGUGGGGGGGAUACCGUCCGGCUCACACACCUCGCCAUCGCCGACGACGUCGCGAUGGACGAAGGACUGAUGUAUGACCUCCUCGCCGACGCCGACGCUGACGCCGAGGACCUCGAGGACGAGAUCUUAUACUUCAAAGGAAAAGAAGACGAGGUGCGGGUAGGGGGAGGGGGGAUAAGUCGGUUUCAGUUUAGCCCUUCCAGUAAUGGGGAUUGGGAGACGCGGAGUAGCGCCUCGGCCCAUUCGCACGUCCGCCAUGAAAAUCAGCUGGGCGGGUACUGGAGCCUCGAUGGGCCGAGAGUCAUGGAGGCGACGCGGCUUUACCCUCCCUCCUCCCGCUCUAACGGCGGGAUGGCAAUGGAAGGGGCCGAAAACGCGGCCACAACCUAUCCUUGCGGGGGAAAUCCGCAUCCCCCACCCCGCACGCUGUCCACAUUUACGAUGGAUUACGACGAUUAUGGGGAUAUCUGGAGGGUGGAAAGGAGCUCCGACGAGGAUAGCUUGGACGAAGAGCAGGUGCUGUGGAUAGAGGAGCAGCUGCGCUUGAAUGAGAAUCCAAAGGCUUUUUACUGA